AUGAGAAAACCUACUUCCUUCAUUUUCAUCUUCCUUUUCCAUUCCUCCAUAGCCUCUUUAGCUUGGAGUGAAACCAAUAUCACCACUGACAAAUCUGCACUACUUGCUCUUAAAUCCUCUAUCACUUCUGAUCCAUACAAUUUUUUAGCUAAUUGGUCAAUCUCCUCUUCUCCUUGUAAUUGGGCUGGUGUUAGUUGCAAUACUCGCCAUGGAAGAGUCCGUUCCUUGAAUCUUAGUGGCAUUGGUCUUAAAGGCAUAGUAUCUCCACAGUUGGCUAAUCUCUCAUUCCUUGUUGAACUUGAUCUUAGUAACAACAAUUUUCAUGGUCAUAUACCAGACGAGUUGGUUCAAUUACGUAGAUUGAAACUACUCAAGUUAAGUUUCAAUGAAUUUGAUGGGAAAAUUCCAACACGGAUUGGAGAUUUAUCAACACUAGAACUCUUGAGUCUUGGCAAUAAUAGUUUUAAUGGGUUCAUUCCAAUAUCUGUAUGCAACUUGUCAAGGUUACAAAUCUUGGAUUGGGGUGAGAAUUUAAUUGAAGGGACCAUUCCAGCUGAGGUAGGAAGACUUAAGCACUUGAAACAAUUACUACUCACGGUUAACCAACUUUAUGGACCUAUUCCCCAAGCAGUUUCCAAAUUAUCUUCGCUUGAACUAUUGGAUUUGUCAUAUAAUGCUCUCUCAGGAACCAUUCCUACUGAGAUUGGAAGUCUUCCACUGUUGCGGAUGAUAGAUCUUUCAACCAAUCAGUUUUCUGGUUCUAUACCAUCUUCAAUAUUUAAUAAUUCAAUGCUUGAAAGCAUUAAUCUUCUAGAAAAUAAUUUCACUGGCAGUCUCCCAGAAAAUUUGUGCAUUGGGCUUCCAAAACUUGAACUACUUUGGCUAGCUCAAAAUGAAUUGUCUGGCAAAAUGCCCUCUAUUUGGCAUCAAUGCAAAGAUUUAGCAGAUUUAGAAUUAAGCACAAACACAUUCAACAAAGGAAUCAUACCAAGCGAUAUUGGAAAUUUGACAAACCUUCAAUAUUUAUAUCUUUCAUACGCCAACUUGGAAGGUGAAAUCCCAUCAUCUCUUUUCAGCAAUAUGUCUUCUCUAACGGAUUUAUCUUUGGAGGGAAAUAAUUUAAAUGGCACCAUCCCAACGUCAAUUGGCAAUAAAACGUUGCUCAAUUACUUGUUUUUACAGUUCAAUUCCUUUACAGGUGAAAUUCCUCGGUCUCUUUUCAACACGCCUUCUAUGAGGGAGUUUAGCCUUGGCAUCAACCAAUUAUCUGGCAAUUUGCCUGAAGAUAUAUGCUAUCAAGUCCCUUUACUUGAAAUUUUCUCUGUUGUUUCCAAUAACUUGAAGGGCAGCAUUCCAAAAUCAAUGCCUAAUUGCACUUCUUUGAAAGGAGUAUAUAUGGGUGGCAACUUCUUCACAGGUUCUAUACCUAAUGACAUAGGCAAUCUUGAUAAACUUGAAGAAUUAGAAUUGUCAAUGAAUCAUUUAAGUGGAUAUAUGCCCUCCAAUAUAUUCAACAUCUCAGUAGCAGUACGAGUGUACCUUGGAACGAAUAUGUUCUCUGGCCUUCUCCCAUCAUAUUUAGGAAGUAGUCUUCCCAACCUGAAAGUUUUUAAUGUGGAGGGGAACGAACUUACUGGAAAAAUUCCAAAAAGCAUAGCAAAUGCUUCUAAGCUCAAUAAAUUAUAUUUAAAUGAUAAUAAAUUUAGUGGUGAUAUUCCCCGUGCACUUGGGAAUUUAACCAAUUUGGUGGCAUUAUAUUUGGGUGGAAAUGAUUUGAAUGGGUUGAUUCCUACUACAAUUGGCAAAUUACAAAGCCUACAACUUUUAGACCUCAGUGAUAACAAAUUGCAAGGGUCUAUCAUUGAAGAACUUUGCCUAGUCAAAAGUUUGAGUGUGUUGAAUCUGGCCAACAACAGGUUUUCAGGAACAAUUCCAAGGUGCCUUGAGAAUCUUACUUCUUUACAGAAGUUGAACUUCAGCCUUAACAAAUUGACUUCUCAUAUUCCCUCCUUUCUUUGGAAUCUCAAAGAUAUCUUGGUUGUAGACUUAUCCUCCAAUGCAUUUAGUGGGAGAAUUCCACCUGAGGUGUCCAACUUGAGAUCAAUCACACUAUUGAACUUGUCAAGAAAUCAAAUUUCAGAAAACAUUCCUGCAACCAUGGGAAGCUUGCAAAGCUUGCAAAACCUAUCAUUGGCUCAUAAUAACUUACAAGAGUAUGGAUCGAAAGGGGCGGUUUCUGUUAAAGGAGAUGUAUAUAGUUUUGGUAUUUUGCUCAUAGAAACACUUACAAGGAAGAAGCCAAUAGAUGAGAUGUUUGGUCAAGGUCUAAGUUUAAAAGAUUGGGUUAGUGAAUCAAUACCACAAUCAAUCAUCAAUAUUUUAGAUGGCAAUUUGCUGCUUACAGACAAUAGACAUAUUGGUAACAUAUUACCACAUAUUUCAACAAUUUUUGAAUUGGCCUUACAUUGUUGCCUUGAUUUCCCUGAGGCGCGACUCGAUAUGAAAGAUAUUGUGGUGUCAUUGAAAAAAGUAAGGCUAUAUUUAGGCGAAAUCUUAGACACACGAGCCACUAGGUAA